AGGCGCUUGACUGUCCACACAGGCAGCGCAUUUCUCCUGCGCUCUCCGCGCCGGUUAAACAUCGACUCCACUCGUCUGUUCCCGUCAGUACUCGUUUUUUCACUUCAACAGGUCAUUUUAAACAUGGAUGAGGAGAUCAUCUUUCGGACCUGGGAUGGAGACAUCAUGAAAGUCAACAUGAACAGCAACGAGACAGAACUCCUGCUGAAGAACACAACAUUUGCAACUUUUAAGGCAUCAAAGUUUGCCGUUUCUCCAGAUCUGAACUUUGUUCUUCUGGGAUAUGAUGUCAAGCAGAUCUACCAGCACUCAUUCUUGGCAUCGUACCUGAUCUAUAACCUGUACACAAGAGAGGUGCGGGAGCUGAAUCCUCCCGAGGUGUCAGAUUCAGUCCUUCAGUUUGCCUCGUGGGGAGUUCACGGUCAGCAGCUGCUUUAUAUAUUUGAAAACAACAUUUACUACCAAACAGAUGUUCAGAGUAGCUCAUGGAGACUCACGUCUUCUGGACAGGAGGGGAUGAUCUUCAACGGCAUCACAGACUGGCUGUAUGAGGAGGAGGUGUUGCUCACACAGGUGGCCCACUGGUGGUCACCUGACGGCUCCAGACUGGCCUACCUCACCUUCAAUGAUUCCCUGGUUCCCAACAUGCUGCUGCCCCGUUUCACAGGCUCUCUUUACCCCAGGGGGAAGGAGUACCCUUAUCCAAAGAUGGGACAAAUCAAUCCCAUUGUCAGACUCUAUGUCGUCACACUGGAUGGCAGCUCUGUAACAACUGAACUGAGACCUCCUGACAGUCUUGAAAAGAGUGAGUACUACAUCACCAUGGUGAAGUGGGCGACACAAGGCAGGCUGAGUGUGCGUUGGGUGAAUCGAGCUCAAAACAUGUCAAUACUUUCCCUGUGUGACGUCACAACAGGUGACUGCACAAAGAGACACGUGAUGACAUCAGAGAAGUGGCUUGAUCGUCAGAAUGAGGAGCCAGUAUUUUCCAAGGACUGCACAACAUUCCUCAUCACUAUGCCCUUAAAACACGGUGGCCGCGGGACAUUCAACCAUAUCACCAUGAUCUCUAACCAAUCUGAGGGCCAAGAGGUCAACCUCCGCCACUUGACCUCAGGAAGCUGGGAAGUCUCUCAAAUUCUGGCCUAUGAUGAAAGCACAAAUUCAGUUUAUUUCCUAAGUACAGAGGAAGGCUCAACACAACGGCAAUUUUACAGAGUCUCCACUGCUGAUCCAUUUCGUAAAGAGUGUCUCACAUGCUCCCUCUUCAAAUCAAAGUGCACCUACUACGACGCUCUUCUCAGCCCAAACUAUCAACAUGUUCUUCUCAACUGCAAAGGUCCAGGAAUACCCCAAACUACCCUUCACAAACUAAGUGAUUUGAAUAAGCACAAGACUGUGGAAAUGAACACAGUAUUAAGACAUGCGCUGAUGAACAGAACAAUACCUAAGUGGGAAAGAAGAACUGUACAAAUCAACAACUUUGCACUUCAUCUGGAGUUAAUUGUCCCAAUAGACUUGGAUGAAACACGGGAGCACCCACUUCUACUGAUUCUUGACAGCGCCCCUGGUGGUCAGGCUGUGAGCGACCGCUUCUCUCUCAGCUGGGAGUCUGUGCUGGUCAGUUCAGACAGCGUCAUCGUGGCUCGCCUGGAUGGCCGGGGCAGUGGCUUCCAGGGUCAGAGGAUCCUGCACGAGGUUCACCAGAGGCUGGGAACUGUUGAUGUUCAGGACCAGAUUACAGUUCUGGAGCACCUGGUCAGGCUACCCUAUAUUGAUGGAAACAGAGUUGGAGUUUAUGGAAAGGCAUAUGGAGGAUUUCUUUCCUCUCUCCUGCUCCUCUCCUACAGCUCUAUGUUCCAGUGUGGCAUCGCUGUUGCUCCCAUAACAAAUUGGAGACUCCAUGGGUCGGCCUACAGUGAGAAAUACUUUGGCUCCCUAGCAAGAGUGGAUCACAGAUACCAAAUUUCCAGUCUGCUCAGUAACAUCACAGAACUGAGGCCUUUGGACUUUCUUAUUAUCCAUGGCACGGCAGAUGCCACUGUUCAUUUCCAGCAUUCGGCUGAGCUGGUCAAACUGCUGUCUGCGUCAAAUGUUAACUACACUCUCCAGAUUUUCCCAGAUGAAGGACACAAUAUUGUCUCCACCAAGAGCCAACACUACAUGCUAAACUCCAUGCUCACCUUCUUCAGGCGCUGCUUUGAAGAGGAGCAGGUUAUUGUUGUCCCGCAGACAUCUAAAGAGGAUGACUAGCCUGUAGAACCUCCUGCGAUGAGACAUUUUAGUGAAGAGUGUAGCAAUUGUUUUCAUGAGCCAACAAAGAGAGGCUGUGUUUUCCUGAAGGGCUGCUAUCUGUAAAAGCACUCCAUCAGUAUGUAAGAUUUGUUGCAUCACAUUUGCCAGGACAGGUGUAUUGAUUCCAGGGUUGUGGUGAUUAAGUUUUAGAAUUAAAAAGAUGGUUGUAUUGUCCCAGUGUUCCAUGUAAGCUUCAGAUUAUAAUUAUUGUUUGUAUUAUGUUUGUAUCAUGUACUGAGUACAGAUGUCAGGGAAUUGAAGAAACUUGUAUUUUUCCAUUUUAGAGUAUAAUUUUUGCUGACUGCUGUAAUUUACUGUGAAUAUUUCUAUUUACUGCAAACAAAAUAAUUCCACUUAACUUAAGAAAUCAUAUCACAAAACAAUUUUUGCAGGUGCCUUUACCUCAUUGCAGUUGUUAUUUUCCAACACUAUAGCCAACACAGUGUUCAUAGACUCACAGUAAUUUCCAAUUAGAUGAUAAAGAUUAAACAUUAUCAGGACUGAGAAUUACCAGAGCAUCUGCAUCUCCAGUGGUGGUUGAUUGAUUCUUGAUUUCUUAUCUUGUUAUAAGGCUUUUACAACCUAAACAAAAGUAUUGCCAUUGUUCUUUUUUUUUUUUUUUUUUUUUUUUUGCAAACCUACAUUACAUUUUGUUUGUCAUUACAUAGCAGACGUGUUGAAACUUUACAUUUCAACAGCACUGUAGUUAAAGGUCCAGUGUGUUGGAUUUUGGAGGAUAUAUUGGCAGAAAUGGAAUAAAAUGAGUGUAAUUUCUUUAGUGCACAAUCAACUGAAAAUAAGAACCUUAGAAUAGAACAGAAUAGAAUAAGAAGAGGAGCCUAAGAAGAAAUAAGAACUCCUUACCUUAGAGUGAGCUGUUUAUAUCUACAUAGGGAGCAGGUCCUUGUUUUGGAGAUCGCCAUGCUGCACCGCAAUGUUUCUACAGUAGCCCACAACAGACAAACCAAACACUGGCACCAGAAAGGGCCAUUUGCAUUUACACUUUUUUGUGUCUGCAUCUGCUGUUAGAAGCCUAUUUGCAAUGAGCAGCAUUCAAGUUUAUAGUGAUCCAAUUUGGUUAUGUGAGGAAUAACGGGAAACAGCAGCUUAAGUGAUGGGAGGUAACUACAGUACCUAAAAAUGCUUGUUUGUCAGCCACUAUAAAUUGUCAUGAUGUACCAUUUCUUUGGCUUUCUCGUAGUAAACCCUCAAAUAUCUAAUCCCAUGUGUUUUGAGUAUCUCUCUCUCUUUUGAAUUUGUAACUAGAAAACUCCUUUAUUCAGUGUUUUUACCAGUUUAAAUCGCAUGGUCCAUUUAAUUUUAAGAGGAGGAGACCUCUGUGCAUAAUUCAGCUCAUGGUAAAAAUACAUUUUAAACAAUGAUCACUGAAGGAAUUCUAACCAGGAAAGGUUUUAGCUGGUUGCAACCUGGAUGCCACCAAAUCCCCCUAAAUCUUACACACCCCACCUUUACCAUGUGGUUAGGUUUAGGCACCAAAACCACUUGGGAAUAGGAAAACAUAGAAAGGAUAAUGUUUUGAUUUAAAACACAGUUCUGGGAACACAAUCCCCCGUGGCGAUAUGCAGCUAAAAAAGACACCCAGGUUUGCUGCCACCAACACAGGUGGAAAUGCCGCGUUAAAUAACAGCCAAUGUUUGUUUGUUGGUCUAGAACAGUGGUCUGCAGCUUGGCAACUUUCUCGCCUAGGUGACAUGCCAUCCACCAUCCCCUUCACCGCCAGAAGACAAAGUCAGCAUAUAGUCUGCGUCACUUAAGAAAUGUUAAUAUGAUAUGUCUGAAAUGUGCAAAUGUAAUGUAUUCAUGGUUUGCAGGAACUUAAAAUGCAAACAUUUUCCUCUGGCAACUGGGUUUUACGUAAAACUUGAGCUCCACUUAGACUGGAUUUACUUCUCUAGGGCAAGUGGGAAGAUUUUAACAAUACCUGCACUGUUCAGUGAUUUAUAUCCUGUCUGGAUGCUGGGUUGUUUUCCACACCCAACUCAGCAAUAUUUACAACUACAAUUACCUGCAGUUUUUCACUAAACUCGCUGGUCCUUCUGUAAAUUAAAUUCCACCCAGAGCGACAUCCUUGUAUUUUAAAGCGGAUCUCUGAGAUUUUUCACUGGAAGAGCUGUUGUCCUCCUUCUCUAGUGUUUUUUUUUGUUUGUUUGUUUGUUUUGAAAAUGGAGUGAUUCAAAAAUGGGUUUUUUUUGCUAAUCUGAAUGCAGCAAGUCUACACUGACAAGUAUUAGCAUUUCAUUUUGCAAUGCACCCAUGGAUGUACAGACAACUAUCACUGGAUAACUGUGAUACUGGAGAAAAUUACAAGUUCUGAAGCGCCUUUUUUCUAUUAUUUCUAAGUGGAUUUAUGAAUGAGAUGGACAUUGAGUUAUGACUGAGAAGGAGCACGAUUUUUUUUACUCAAAUUCACGUCAUGCAGUAUAUUUGCCUCCCUUUCAACUCUCUUUUUGGCUUUUUCCCACUGAAUGUUCAUGUCUAUUACAUACAUUAAGGAAUAUUAGACUUUAUAGAGACCAGAUUAGAAACUACAUUGCUUUGAUACAAUAUUCCCUUCAUAAAUGGGUCCACUCAAAGAGUUUUUUUUAUGAUAACACUUCUUUUGAAUGUUUCUGACUGACUGCAUUCCUCAGUGUCACAUGUAGUGUUUAACAUCCCAAAAUGUGAAAAAUGUUUGAAAUGGGCAAGAAAAUGGAGAAACCUAAUAAUACCAGUUUACUCUGUACAGUGUGAUUUGUCCAUAACCAGACUCCUGUAAUACUGUAUGAUUACCAUGUCCUUCCUUGAGUAGGAUGUAGCAAGCCAGAUGAUUUUUGAUUUUUCUGACCAUGAUCCUGUGCUGCUUACACCUCUGCACUUGCUCUAUUCUGUCAAACUGCAUAUAUACUGAGAUUUGUAUAUUUGGGACAAUUUAUAUGCUGAAA